AUGAGACACUGUGACCUUAGCCCAGAGCCGGAGAAGAGACGGGGGGGAGGGGGGGGGAACGACCGUGUAUCCGGAAGAUGCAUCACGUCAGCUCAGGACGACGGCAUCUGUCGUAGGUGUGGAGGCGACAAGCACGGCGGAGGUCUGCCCUGCAUCUGUUGUCCGAGAGAACCGGUGAAGUUCGAGACGGGCGCGUGGUUCCUGCAGCAGCUACAACGAGCCAUCAGCGUGAUGCCGUGGAGCAUCUCCACCGAGAAACUCGAGCAGAUUGACGAAGAAUCUGACGAGUACAAUGUCCCAGGCCCCAGCGAUGCCACUCGAGGGGAACUUAAGAAGAUCAGAGAAUUUCUGGAAACCAUCUCCGCUAAGUUAGCGGGCGGUCCGCUAGAGGGGACGAGAGUAGCGCCGCUGUACGACCACCCCGCAUAUAUGCGCAUGUUCGUGCGAUACCACGCGAGGCUGCGCGGCGCUCUGACGUCACUAGGCAUUGCGCUACAAGACGCGCUCACACGUAAGCUAGAGAAUAUAGUAUGGCAUGCACUGUGA